CCAGCUCGCGACGCGAGCCCGUACCCGCUCGGUUGCCGUGGUUGCAGGUCGGGCCCACCCGCUCGCCCGCUGACAGCGAGGCUUAGGGAGAAGGGAAGUGGGUCGGUUGGUCGGUCCGGAAAGAGGAUCCAGCAGCCGGGCCCGCGCGGAGCUGUUGCCAUGGCAGCCGCCGCCGGGGACGCGGACGAAGAGCCGCGCUCGGGCCGCUCCAGCUCGGAUGGCGAGUGCGCGGUGGCGCCGGAGCCGCUGACGGGCCCCGAGGGCCUCUUCUCCUUCGCGGACUUCGGGUCUGCGCUGGGCGGCAGCGCGGGCCUCCCGAGCCGGGCGUCCGGCGGGGCCCAGUCUCCGCUGCGCUACCUCCACGUCCUGUGGCAGCAGGACUCGGAGCCCCGCGAUGAGCUGCUCUGUAAGAUCCCCGCCGGCCGGCUGCGGCGCGCCGCCAGGCCCCACCGCCGCCUCGGGCCCCUGGGCAAGGAGGUGCACGCUCUGAAGAGGCUGAGGGACUCCGCCAAUGCCAACGACGUGGAAACAGUGCAGCAGCUGCUGGAAGAUGGUGCAGAUCCCUGUUCAGCGGAUGACAAGGGCCGCACAGCUCUACACUUCGCCUCCUGCAAUGGCAAUGACCAGAUUGUGCAGCUGCUCCUGGACCAUGGGGCCGAUCCCAACCAGCGAGACGGGCUGGGGAACACGCCACUGCACCUGGCGGCCUGCACCAACCACGUGCCUGUCAUCACCACCCUGCUGCGAGGAGGGGCCCGUGUAGAUGCCCUGGACCGAGCUGGCCGCACGCCCCUGCACCUGGCCAAGUCAAAACUGAGCAUCCUGCAGGAAGGCCACUCCCAGUGCCUGGAAGCCGUGCGGCUGGAGGUGAAGCAGAUCAUCCAGAUGCUGAGGGAGUACCUGGAGCGCCUGGGGCGGCACGAGCAGCGGGAACGGCUGGAUGACCUGUGCACCCGCCUCCAGAUGACGAGCACCAGAGAGCAGGUGGAUGAGGUGACCGACCUCCUGGCCAGCUUCACCUCCCUCAGCUUGCAGAUGCAGAGCAUGGAGAAGAGGUAGCAGGAGGGGCUCCCUGCCUUCCGCCCCGCCCCUGCCCACCUGCCCACCUGCUCUCGUUACAAGGAAAGCCUGACGCCGGGACUGGGAGCUGCACUUGUCUGCAAGGCCAUCGUCCUCACCCCGGAUGCUCUGGGCCAGAGAUGCUCUCACCAACCUCAGAGCCUCUCCCAGCCAUGGUCUCCGUCCUCUCUGAGCUGGGACCACAGCCCCAGCUUCUUCCUCUGGCCCCCACGGCACUGCAGCCACCUCAGCUCUGGCCGGCCGGCGCAGUCCUGGCAGGGUCACCCACUCCGUGGUCCCUGGCACCCUCAGCAGGCCCCAGGCCCUCCCUGUCUCUUCCCGGUCAUGGGCUUGUUGCAGCCAGCAGGGCGUGGCUUCAGGCAGGUGCCCUCGGGCCCACGGAGCUCUUGGAGGGCCCUGCGCCUCUCACCAGCAUUAGAUUUAGACUUGGCACCUGACUGUCAAGGACGCAUUGCUGUGAGUUUCUCUGGGUGGAAGGAGAGGGUUGGUAAAGCCUACACCCUAGAAAUACAGGUUAGGAAGGGCCCUGCUAAACCCAGAGCAGAAAAGCCCAACCCUUGGUCUCCCAGUCACGAAGCGCCGGGAGGGCAUGGCAGCCUAGCUGUAGGGGGCUGAACAGUGGCCCCAAGGUGUCCAUGUUCUCAGCCCAGGAACCGGUGGCCUCUCGUGGCAAAAAGACUUGGCCGAUGUCACGAGUUAGGAUCUUCAGACAAGGCGGUUACCCUGAUUGUCCAGGUGGGCCUGAGGUGGUCACAGGGACCGUCUGAGAGGGAAGCAGAUCAGAGAGGAAGUAGGGGGUACGGUGACGGAGCAAGAAGCUGUUCAUGCAAGGAAGGGGUCACGCCAAGGAGUGCAGGCGGCCUCCAGAAGCCGGAAAAGGAAGGGAUGGAUUCUCCUCGGAAGGAACUAGCCCUGCCGACGCCUUGACUUUAGCCCCGUCAGACUCUCAGAAUUCUACCAUCCGAACGUGAGAAUAAAUGUGUGUGGUUUUAAGCCA